CCACUGUCAUGCAGCGGUAGACCAUUCCCGACCAUUGCACCAGGUAGACAUAUCAGCAUGUCUCCACUGCACAGCGUGUCGGAAUUUUUUAAUCUUGCUUUAUUCUCCGUCGAUGCUGCCCGCCCUCCCUUCAUCCUUUCCAUUUGGCUUUCACGAACAGCUGAUUCUUACCUCCACACUGCAUACGUAACCUUACUCAAAGCAUUCUCACCACAUUCUCCUUGAGUUACAUCAUCACCAUGGGCUCAAUGCCAGAGAAAACCAUGCGUGCGCAACAGUACGACGCGCGAGACAACAAACUUCACCUGAAUGAGGUGCCUAUCCCAACACCGCGCGAGCACGAGGUCCUAGUAAAGAUGGGCUGCACAUCCCUCUGCCACUCCGAUGUCAUGCUCUUCGAGCCCAAUGACCAAGGCCUUAUUCUCGGCAAAAACCCUGUCACUAUUGGCCAUGAGGGAACCGGCAGAGUAGUGUCAACCGGCUCAGGAGAGGUAGCUAAGCAGUUCAAGGAGGGCGACCCCGUAGGCUUCCUCUGCGCAGUCGACUGCUGCUUUGAAUGCUACGCCUGCAAGAAUGUGCAUAACGCAUGGUGUGCGACAGGGGAGACAAAGAUACAAGGAUUUAGUUCGGACGGAUAUUUCGCCGAAUACGCAGUCGUAGAUGCUAGGGAGGUUAUCAUAUUACCCGAGAACCUGGACCCUAAAACGUCAGCACCCCUUUUCUGCGCAGGUGUGACAGCCUACCACGGUAUCGCAGAUUGCCAGCUACCCGCCGGCUCCUGGCUCGCGGUAAUCGGAUGUGGUGGUCUCGGCCAUAUGGGUAUCCAAUACGCCAAAGCCAUGGGUCACAAAGUCAUCGGCAUCGAUAUCACAGACGCCGCGAUAGAGGAAGCUAAAUCCUGUGGCGCAGACUAUACCUUCAACUCAAUGACGGACAAAGACUACAAGAAGAAGAUUGUAGAGCUUACCGGAGGCGGUGUACAUGCUGCCGUAAAUUUCACAGCGUCAAAGAAGUCUUAUGACGAUUGCCCGGCGAUUGUUAAGCCUGGUCAGAGUAUGAUCAUGGUUGUAGGCAUUCCGCAGCAGCCGCUUGAAUUCAAUGGAUUGGAUAUUGCUUUGGGGAGGUAUCAAAUAAAGGGGUCGAGUAACGGGACAUGCUACAAUAUGAGGGAGGCGAUUGAGUUCUCGGCGAAACAUAACAUCAAGCCGCAUAUGACCGCCUUUAAGCUUGAGGAGGUGCCGAAGAUGGUCGAGCUGAUGAAUGCGCACAAAGCAAAGGGACGGAUGGGUGUUGUAUUCGAGUGAGAAAGUGUCAACUGUGAACACGGGACGUAACCCAACACAUACGAUAAGAACGUUUUUCGACACUUGCCUCUUGAGCAGUCUAUUCAAACACUACCACGCCUAUCUCUAAUACUGCAU